CUCAAAUUGCAACUCGAUAUCAUCAAUUCUUCACUCAUGCUUGUAUCAGUUUGUCACGCGAAAUGGGCAAAUAUGCUAAGAAAAGUUGAAAAAAAAGAACAUCGCAUGAACUGAAUGAGAAAUGAUGCUCGUCCAAAGUGUCGUGAUAGUUUGCUUAUUAACGACGGUGGUGUGUAGGGGUCAAAUCUGGCAACAGCAGCGGCUGUCCCGUAGACAACAAGCGCGGUUGCAACUAAAGACGGCAUUGAACUUGAAGGAGAGAAUUAAAGAAAGGAUUAAUCAGUAUAGGGAGAGAAAUACCCAGUCAAUUUGUUACGAUGAAGUCGGUUGUUUCAAUCUACCCCACAAGAACUCACCAUUACAAAAAAUCCCCGAAGACCCUCAGGUGCUUAACACGAAAUUUUACCUCUUCACCAGAGAAACCGAUUUUUCAAAACCGCAAGUUCUAUACUACGAAGAUAAGGGUAGAAGCAUUAAUGGAUCUUCUUUUGAUCCAUCGAAACCUUUGAAGAUUAUCGUACAUGGGUAUACCAGCAAAUGGAACGAAAAGGGUUCCAUGAUUAUUACCAAUGCUUACUUAAAACUGUACGAUUGCAACGUGAUACUGAUGGACUGGCACAUAGGCGCGCGCGGUCCAAAUUACCCAGUAGCGGCCGCUAAUACGGAAUUGGUAGGAAGACAAUUGGGAAUAUUAUUAACGAAUAUGGUGAGAAAUGGAUUAGAUGCCAGAAAAAUCCAUUUAAUCGGAUUCUCGCUUGGUGCGCACGUGUGUGGUACUGCAUCUGAAAGCCUCAAGAACAAGGGGCAUCUUUUGGGGCGAAUUACAGGACUUGAUCCGGCUAGUCCGUUAUUUAGAAACAAUUAUUUGAGAGAAAAAUACAAAAAAUUGGACAGAAGUGACGCCAAAUUGGUGGAUGUUGUACAUACUGAUUCAAGUCCAUUUGUAACCGAUGGAUUUGGAUUAUAUGAACCGAUAGGUCACGUAGAUUUCUUUCCUAAUGGUGGUCAAGAUCAGCCAGGAUGCAACGAUGUCAAAGAUUCAAUAGUUGUAUCACAUUUCGAACGCGGCCUCUCUAAAGAACUAGUCUGCAGCCAUGUUAGAGCCUUCCUGCUCUUCAGGGAAUCCCUCCAAAGCUUGCUGGAGAAAAGGAACACGAACAAAGACAGCUGCGAAUUCAUAGCGUACAACUGUCCUGGAGAUAUGUCAGCUUUUGAAGAAGGAAGUUGUUUCCCUCAAAUCAAAAACGAUACUUUAUCACUGGAUCCGUCCUACAGGAGCGACAUCGGAAGAAUUGGCGAGGAUGUUAAAGGAGAGGGGGUAAUGUUCCUAUCUACGAAGAGCGAGAGCCAAUUUUGUGGAACUCAAAUGCAGGCUGUAGUUGAAUUGUCCAAUAAAAGUGGACCUUUGAAAGGCAUUUUACAAAUCCAGAUUAGCAACAAAAAUCAACCUGGCUUCAAACCACAAACUUUUCAUCUAAAUUGCGAAUUCAAAACCACUGACAGCUCAUCCAAAACCAUAUACGGACUUGGUGUAACCGAUUACAAGAAUAUCAACGAAAGUAUGGUCGAAAUGCAAGCAAGAUUCAAUUACUUGGAUACCGGAUACAACGCAUAUAAUCAAUCAAUUUCUAAUUAUGAACCUGUGAUUUAUUUUAAUAAAGCUAUUGUCCGAGAUAUGUAUGGAAAUAGUUGGGAAUACUGCAAACAAAAUACAAGAAUGGCCGAUCCCAAUAGGCAAAUUUAUGGAUUGUUAAGCGUAACUAUGACCAAAAAUGGAUGCAACACUAUAAAUUGAAAUGUAGUUUUUUUAUUUCAGUUUUCGACUUAAGUAUUUAUAUUAUUUAUGUAAUUACCUUACCUG